ACAGGGCACCGUAGGCACCGUGGCAUGGAAAAGGACAGGGUGUACAAGGGUGCCCCUUUGUGACACGCUGUGACAUAGGUGCUGGCGGUGACACGGCCACGCCACAGUGCUUGGUGCACGCAGUGGGACAGCACGGGACAGAGCAGCGCUGUGAGGAGCCCCCACACAGGCAACUUGUUCCUUGCUGACCCAGAGCUCUUCCAAGGCGUUACCUGUGCAGGUGACCUCGAGGCCAGCUGCCAGACUCAGUGACCCAUAGCCUUCCCAAGGUUUCUCUUUUGCAGGUGUCCUCAAGGGCGGUCUGUAGGACUUGCUGACACAGAACCUUUACAAAAUGUCUCCUGUCACUGUGGCGGGAGGCCUUGAGGGCAGACUGCAGGACUUCCUGUCCUGUAGCCUCCCCAAGGCUUCUCUGUUGUAGGUCCCUUUAGGGCAGAACUGCGGCACUUGCUGACCCAGAGCUUUUCCAAGUCAUCUUUCCUGCAACUAGCCAUCAAUCCAGACACUGACAUGGCAGAGAGACCCCCCAGCCUACCCAAGAAUGUGGAAAAAUUUCCUUGUGCUGCCUCAGCACAGCAACAUAAUGAGAAGGAGCAGUUACAGCUGCUGCAGAAGGAUGCAAGGAAGGACCGGGCUAAACAGCAGGACCCUGCCCGUAGCUGCUGGCACUCUAUAGGCCAGAUAUUUACGAACAUGACAGGCACCUGGUAUCGAGAGAUGAUCACCACGUUGACCAAGGGUGUGGCAGAGCCUGAAUCCACACACACUGAGAGCAUAGCUCCUGCUCCCAGCCUGGAUCUUUUUGGGGACAGAGUUGUCUCCAGUCCGAGUCAAGUGGCAGGCUUUGUUAGGAACAUGCACCAGAGGUUCAUGUCUGAGGAGGCUCCAGAGGACAGGCUGUUCAUGGACCUCCUGAGGCUGACUGAUGCACACCCCAAUGACGUUGCAGUGACCCUACUGCGCUGUGCCCCAUCGUGUGACAGAGGGGCUGCAAUCAUGUGGAAGACCAUAGCCUCAUCAGCAGCAACAGUGAACAAGGUGCUGCCAACACUGCUCUGUGUGAUGGAGGACUGGCCACUGCGCAAAAUGUACACCUCCGAUGGGGACAAUAAGGAUAUCUUUGCCCUGGCUGCAACCAGGGUGGUUUGGGAGAUUCUCCGCCUGCCCUGGUGCCCGGAGCCAUUUAUUGAAUAUUCCCCCCAUCUCGUCAUGGCUCUGCUCUUCCAAGUUUUCAUCAGUACAGAGCAGAUGACAGAGGAUAUCAAUACUUUCUGGAGGAGAUGUCAGGAGGAACAGGACCUUCCCACCAGCAUCAACAGGUGCUCCACACCAGGCCUCCUGUCACGCCCACGUCCCCCGGGGCUGAGGCCUGGGCUCGCAGCAUCACCUGGGCUGUGCUCUGCACACAGGUUUGCAGUAAACACUUUGAAGGCCCUGUUCUACCAUCUGCAGUGCAUGGAUUUACUGGUGGCAAUGGAACGCAAGUGUGGCUGGGACACGCUUCUCUACGCUGACAGCCACCACUAUGCAGUGGGUCUGCUGGCCAGGGAGAUGCACCGUAUCUCCACACCCUUUUGUUGCUGCAUUGCACUCCGCCUGGUCAGGCUACUCAGCAGAGAGGAGCCACACUGGGAUCUGCCUGCCAUGGCCUUCCUUGUGGAGGUCCUGGAGUGCCUGGACUUCAAUGAAUGCGGUGACAGCAUCCUGGAGAUCAUGACAAGGCACCUGCAGAGCGAGUCCAUGGAGAUGCGUCGCCUGGUGCUCAGAGGCCUCGUGGUGCUCAGCAGAGACCCCUCGAUGGCCAGAAAAAUGUGCAACCUGUCUGAAAACCUUGUGGAGCUCCUGACGAAUGAGGAUGUAGAUGUGGUCAGGAUGACCCUCUCUGUGUUCCUGAACUUACUCCUAAACAAAGAUAUCCUAGUAUCCAGCCCCACAGCCCCAAAACUGGCAGAGGCACUCCGGCCACUCUUUGACAACGACAAUACAGAGGUGCAGCUGCUCUCCAUUCACCUCUACAAAGAAAUGAUGGAAUCGGUAGUGGAAAAGGGAAAAAAGCACCUGAAGAGGCCUGUGACCCAGAGCCUGCUGCCACUCUUCUUCCAUUGCCACGAUGAGAAUCGGCCUGUGGCAGAGGCCUCUCGGCAAACGCUGCUGUCUGCUGUGAAAUUCCUGAAGAGGAGGGAUCUGAAGCAGCUGCUAAAGAUGGAGGAUCCAUGGAGCUUCGGCGAGCAUGUGCUGGCUGAGGACAGGAGCCGCGCUCCCGAGAACCUGCGGGUGGCCCUGCCCUACCUGGAGAGCCCGCAGGAGCCCGUGCGAGAGGCGGCCAUCAGGUGCAUCGGUGAGCCACCAGCCCGGGGUUUGGUUCCUCCCUGCCCCAGUGCAGCAGGAUCCCGGCCAGGGGCCGUGACCGGCUCUGUGUUCCCAGGGAUCGCCGGGAUGCUCAUGAGGGGGCAGCCCCAGGAGCUGCAUCUCAUCUGUGAGGCCCUUCAAGCCCUUAGCACAGAUGACAGCCCCUCCAACACAAACGUGAUAGUUCAAGUCAUGUUAGAUGAAAGAGCUGCAGUACUAAAUUCAUCUUCUGGAUCAAAACAACCAGGACAGCACCAGAGCCUGUGCAGGAGGCGAUCCCCUGGAGAGCACAGGAGACCAGCUGGAGCUGUAGGCACAGCUGAUGCUGGGCACUUCUGAGCUUGCUUGGAGGGCCGGGCAGCUCCUGGCCUUUGCUUCCCCUCCUUACUGGUCGCUCCCUGCAGCCCUCAGACCCUGCCUCUUCCCUUCCCUUCUCCCUCUUCCCUCUUCCCCAGCUCAUCCCUCUGCUUUGCUUUCCAUAAAUAAACAUUUCAGCUUCUUCACCAUAGCUGUAUCUUUGUGGAGCUGAAGUGGAGCACACCUGAGCCCUGGAGCCCACGGGCCCUGUCGUGCUGUUCUUCUCUGCACUGCGUUUUGUGCAGGAGGAACAAGGGCAGAGCAGGCUGGAAAGGUCCCUGCCCCGAAGGUCGUUUCACAGCAUUGUGGAGUUAAAGGUCUUGCUGAGCACACUGAAGGUCAGCAGCAGGAUAAGAUCCUGGAUUUUACAAGAGCAAACUUCAGUAUCUUCGGAAUCCAGCUGCGAGGGGAAGCAUCCACUCAGGGCAGAGCUUGGGAUACUGGAAGCUAUUCAAGAAUAGCUUCCUUGAAAGCACAAAGUGCCCCUUUUCCCUACAAAGGGAAAGGAAGAGGGCAGAAACUGAAACGUUUCAUCCUAAGCAUGAAAGAACAAGAAUCACUCAUUACUGUGAUUUCAUGGGCACGGUCACCAACAGAUUUAACCUUAGAUGUGUAAAAGCUGCUGCAGCAGGAGUCACCUGCAUAAACCCACCUGGGUGGGAUUCACACAGAAGCAACUAAGUAAUUUUACUUUUGAUUGUAACAUCUCUCCCUCAAGACACCUAACCCAAGAGUCAAUGCAAGUGCAAACUUACCCUUAAAACAAUUACAAAAUGGCUACAACCUGUGAACAGAGAACAUACCCUAAGGUUCCACAAAGCUUAGUACUGUCAAUUAACCAGCACAAUUUGGAUGUCACCCCCAAACUAAUUAGGAAAAAAGCAGAAAUAGAUUGCCCUUUCAAUCCAGCUUGCACCCAACUGCAGGAGGUUAGUACACUUCAGCUGUUGUCCUGCUUUCACCAGCAUGAAAGGCCAGACUCCACAUCAUGAACUAGCAUUUUCAUUGCAGCUGGUGCCUGUCCAGCCUGCAUUUUAGCUACCACAGCCACGGCUGUUUGUCCAUGCACACUGAACUCUACGCUGGUUCUUUCCAGAAGCAUGGGUAAGCCACUCUAACACACACCCAGCAGCCCAGGGAAUAUAACCAUUCACAGCCAAGCUUGCUUUUGGCAAACCUCUUUGAAAUACCUCUCAGUACCAUGGGUCCAGACAAGUCCACAUGCGCCAGUUCCCAAACAGGGUUGCAGGUGGAAACAGGAAGCAAUGUUUGUUCACCUAAACCCCAAUUAACCAUGCAGAAAAACUGUGGCACUUCAACUAUCUGAGAUGCUUGUCUGGAAUAGCCUUAGCUCCUGCUGCUUACCAAGGGCAGUGGCUCAGCAGGGCGGCACCAGCUCCAGCACUGCCUCAGCAGCUGCUGCAGAGAACAGAGCCCUGUGGAAACGGCCCAGCUGCACCUGCUGAGCCUCCUGGCCUGGCCCCAGGGCAGCAGACUGUUUGCAACCCUCCUGUAAUUGCAGCUGGAAGGGGAAAACACCACACACAAUACCAUGAAAUACGUAAGAGCCAGCAAUGCUAAUCAGAGCCGUGGGAGACAGUCCUAAUCAAAAACAGCCUGCUCAGUCUUCCAAUAGUGCACUGAACUCACCUUUCAUGUGCCCACACAGGCCAGGCCUGUGGACUGGUAACUGUCUGGCUUCACAAGCUGCUUUACAGCUCACCUCCAGGCAUUCCAACCUACAUAUCUCUUCAGCAGACGCCCUUUCUGUACGUUACCAUCUUAGUCAUUUACUCACAGAUAUGUACUUAUCUGAGGAGUAUUAAAGCAACAUUCUUCUGAAGAAUUCCAUCACUUCCAGGAAUUUCAGACACAGCUGUCUUAACUGGCUAUUUGAAAGGUGAGAAGAUAUUCCCCACCUUGUGAUGUGGUAAAGAUGCUGCACUGAGUCACUUGGUGCUGGAUU